AUGGCUCUACAUGAUCCUAAAUGGAGUAAGAAACGGGAGAAUUAUUACGUCAGGCCACCAGAUCACAUGCGUCAUUCCUCUCAUAUCGCCAGCAUCAACAACUGCGUCACUACGUCCAUAGACGAUCAUCCUGGCUUGAGUGGUGCCCUUCUCUCUCUACUGCCCUGCCUCAACCUACUGCUGCCUCCCCCCAAUCCCCCUCACCCCCCCCAUUAUUCCUCACUUCCCCAUUGCCUCAUCCAAGUAGAGUGGAGGCAUCGCCUCACCACUAAUAGAUUGAAGAAGAAACACAACAACAUCUUCCAGACCACAAAGAACCCAGCAACAUCUUCCAGACCACAAAGAACCCAGCAACAUCUUCCAGACCACAACAGAACCCAGCAACAUCUUCCAGACCACAACAGAACCUCCAGCAACAUCUUCCAGACCACAACAGAACCCAGCAACAUCUUCCAGACACAACAGAACCCAGCAACAUCUUCCAGACCACAACAGAACUCCAGCAAUCUUCCAGACUACAACAGAACCCAAGUAGCAACAUCUUCCAGACCACAACAGAACCUAAGUAACAUCUUCCAGACCACAACAGAACUCAGCAACAUCUUCCAGGACCACAACAGAACCCAGCAACAUCUUCCAGACCAACAGAACCCAGCAGCAACAUCUUCCAGACCACAACAGAAAUCCAGCAGCAAAUAUCUUCCAGACCACAACAGAACCCAUAAACAUCUUCCAGACCACAACAGAACCCAGCAACAUCUUCCAGACCACAACAGAACCCAAGGCAACAUCUUCCAGACCACAAAUAGAACCCAGCAACAUCUUUCCAGACCACAACAACAGAACCCAGCAACAUCUCCAGACCACAACAGAACUCCAGCAAAUAUCUUCUCCAGACCACAACAGAACCCAGCAACAUCUUCCAGGACCACAACAGAAACUCCAGCAACAUCUUCCAGAAUUCACAACAGAACCCAGCAACAUCUUCCAGACCACAAUGAACCCAGCAACAUCUUCCAGACCACAACAGAACCCAGCAGCAACACCCUCCAGACCACAACAGAACCCAGCAACAUCUUCCAGACCACAACAGAACCCAGCAACAUCUUCCAGACCACAAAAGAACCCAGCAACAUCUUCCAGACCACAAAAGAACCCAGCAACAUCUUCCAGACCACAAAAGAACCCAGCAACAUCUUCCAGACCACAAAAGAACCCAGCAACAUCUUCCAGACCACAAAAGAACCCAGCAACAUCUUCCAGACCACAAAAGAACCCAGCAACAUCUUCCAGACCACAAAAGAACCCAGCAACAUCUUCCAGACCACAAAAGAACCCAGCAACAUCUUCCAGGACCACAAAAGAACCCAGCAACAACAUCUUCCAGGCCACAAAAGACAGCAACAUCUUCCAGGCACGCUUAGAACCAGCAACAUCUUCCAGACCACAAAAGAACCCAGCAACAUCUUCCAGGCCACAACAAGACCCAACAGCAUCUUCAGGCCACAAAGACAGCAACAUCUUCCAGGCCACAAAAAGAACCCAGCAACAUCUUCCAGACCACAAAAGAACCCAGCAACAUCUUCCAGACCACAAAAGAACCCAGCAACAUCUUCCAGACCACAAAAGAACCCAGCAACAUCUUCCAGACCACAAAAGAACCCAGCAACAUCUUCCAGACCACAAAAGAACCCAGCAACAUCUUCCAGACCACAAAAGAACCCAGCAACAUCUUCCAGACCACAAAAGAACCCAGCAACAUCUUCCAGACCACAAAAGAACCCAGCAACAUCUUCCAGGCCAAAAGAACCCAGCAACAUCUUCCAGGCCACAACAGAACCCAACAACAUCUUCAAGGCCACAACAGAACCCAGCCAACAUCUUCCAAGCCACAAAAAAAGAACCCAGCAACAUCUUCCAGACUACAAAAAAGAACCCAGCAACAUCUUCCAGGCCACAAAAAGAACCCAGCAACAUCUUCCAGGCCACAACAGAGACCCAACAACAUCUUCAAGGCCACAACAGAACCCAGCAACAUCUUCCAAGCCACAAAAAGAACCCAGCAACAUCUUCCAGACCACAAAAGAACCCAACAACAUCUUCAGACCACCAGCAACAUCUUCCAGACCACAAAAGAACCCAGCAACAUCUUCCAGACCACAAAAGAACCCAGCAACAUCUUCCAGACCACCAAAAGAACCCAGCAACAUCUUCCAGACCACAAAAGAACCCAGCAACAUCUUCCAGACCACAAAAGAACCCAGCAACAUCUUCCAGACCACAAAAGAACCCAGCAACAUCUUCCAGACCACAAAAGAACCCAGCAACAUCUUCCAGACCACAAAAGAACCCAGCAUUGCUUUCCAGUUUCCCAAAGAGGUUAGCAUCAUCUUCCAGUCCACAAGAUCCGGGAAUGAGGAGCACCAGACAUCACUUCCAGAUCACUUUUGUUUUCUGCCUCACCUCCUGGAAUAG